AUGAUAACACUAUUUCCAAAUAUGAUCUUAUUCAGCACAUUUACCAACACCUAUCAUAUCGAAAAUAUCAAUGUGCGUCCUGUACGGAACGUUUCUUACAGCGAAGAAGAAAGAGAGCAUCAUUGCAUCGAGGCAGGACAUUUUCAUACCCAUGAGAUAAAGCUAACACCAUACUGUGAACUUUACGUUAAUCAACUUCUGAAAGAUGCUGAGUAUGCGGAUUCGUCAUGGGAUCGAAGCUGUUGUCGAACAACGAACUAA